AUGCCCACAUAUGACAUGGGCCUAUCACUGGUUCCCCUGCUUGAUCUUCUUGAUUCUGUCCUGGGCCUUGAUAUCCUGCCUGGACUUCUCAAAAUUUGCCUCCAUGAUCUCAAAGAAGCUGGCAUCCAAGAGUUUCCAUUCUCCCAGCACCAUUACUUGCUCCAAGUGUAUGGCCUGCUUCCAUUCCUCCACCAAUGGCCCCCUGAUGUAAGACAUCACCACCUGGGGUACCAAGUCUAUUUUGUGUUUCCUUUCUGCAAUAAAUUCCUUCAUGUCUCUCCACCAGGACUUGAACUUCUUUCUAUCACCAUCAAAUAA